AUGGCCUUUUUCGAAGCUCUUCGCGAGAAGGCAGUCAGCACACUCAACCAGGUUUUGGAUAACAACAAGCAGUCGGAGCAAAGUCUUCUGAAGGAUGAAUUGUUCUGCUUGGAACAUCGGCUCCCCACGGGUGAGACGGUUAUCGAUGAAAGUGCCGCUGAGAUUGGCGUCAAGCUGGAGAACACUCCACCCGCUAGUGCCACUGCCAAACGAGACCGGAAGCAUCUGGACGGCCAUGAACCGCUGCCACAAGCCUUCCCACAGGGUCGCCUCUACCUCACCCAACAUUUCUUGGUGUUCCGUGACGCAUUUGAUCGUAAGACAUGUUCCUUUGCCAUCCACUUGUCAACUUUUAAAAAAGUGGAACGACUUCCAACGCGUCUGUACGUGUAUGCGCUCUCUGUUACCACGCAUCUGCGAAUCGUGGUGACACUCUACUUGGUUGGCGUUCGUCCAGAAAGCGAACGUUUCGCCCACAACCUCAAGCUUCGACUUAAGGACAAUCUCCCCAAUGUACGCAAGCUUCAACCAUUCAUUCAAACAUGCUACUCGGAAUACCUCUUGAGUAAGAAUAAUGUUUCCCUGGAGAAAAUUGAAGAGGUCCCGCCCGGUGGGCUUGGUCUCAAGUUCAAAUUCCCGGGGAAUGUCCGUGAAUCUCGUGAUAAGUCCAAGAUGAAGUUAUGGUUUGACUUGUUGAGAGCUGAUGGUCGCAACUUAUCUGUGAUCAAAUCUCCGAUGUUUUUCCGUUUGGUACGGGUUGGAUUACCCAACCGACUUCGUGGAGAAAUCUGGGAACUUUGCUGUGGUUCGAUGUAUGAACGGUUUGAUAAUCAAGGAGAAUAUGAGAGGAUUUUGACCGCCAAUGCCCAUAAACAAAGUUUUGCCAGAGAGGAAAUUGAGAAGGAUUUGAACAGAUCACUUCCCGAAUACGUGGCAUAUCAACAACCUGAAGGGAUUGAACGAUUAAGAAGAGUUCUCACCGCCUACUCGUGGAAAAACCCUGAGGUUGGAUAUUGUCAAGCCAUGAACAUCGUGGUGGCCGCCUUGCUUAUAUACAUGAGCGAGGAACAAGCCUUUUGGUGUUUGAAUGUUUUGUGUGAUAGAAUUCUUCCUGGUUAUUAUUCCAAGACCAUGUAUGGUACCUUACUUGAUCAGAGAGUGUUUGAGUCAUUGGUUCAGGAAACAAUGCCCAUCUUGUGGGAACAUAUCACCAAGUAUGACAUUCAACUUUCGGUGGUGUCACUUCCAUGGUUCCUCUCACUGUAUCUCAGUAGCAUGCCGUUGGUAUUUGCAUUCAGAAUUAUCGAUGUGUUUUUCCUUCAAGGACCUAAAACAUUAUUUCAAGUGGCCUUGGCCAUCAUCAAACUUAAUGGAGAAGAAUUGUUAACCACAGAGGAUGACGGAACAUUCAUUCAAAUCUUGAAAGGGUAUUUCCAAACUUUAGAUCAACUGGCACACCCAAAUUCCCCUAAUGAGAAGUAUCGUAGUGUUACGAAUUUCCAGGAAUUAUUGGUCACUGCUUUUAAGGAAUUCUCAAUCGUAGACGAAACAUUGAUUGAAAAACAUAGAAAGAAACAUCGUGAUACCAUUUUCCAAAACAUUUCAACGUUUGUUAAAAGAACAGAACUUCGUAAUCUCCCCAAGACCUCAAACUUCACUCCCGACAUGCUCCUGAUCUUGUAUGAUCGAUUCUACUCCGUGGUAGAGUCGUAUAACGUUACCAUGGGCAGUGGUAGUAGUUUGAUGGACUUUAAAGGGUUUGAGAAGUUUAUGCUGGAGAUUUGCGAUUGGGUGGAAUUUGAAGAAGGUGAUGGGAACAAUAGUGGAGGUAGUAGUUGUCGACCAUUCCUCAGUAAACUAUUCCAUCAUUGGGAUUCUGAAUCCCAAUCUGCUCUUACAUUGUCUGACUUGGCGGUUGGACUCAACAAAUUAUGUGAACCAGAUCUUAUGGGUGCUAUCCAAAACUUUUUCGAGAUAUAUGAUACGAAGAAUCGUGGGAAAUUGGAUAGAGAAAGUAUUCUACAAAUGUCAGAGGAUCUUCUUUACAUCACCACUCCAUGGAAGGAAGGAUAUAUUCUUGAUCGAAUCACCGAGAUUGCCAUUGAAAAUGCCAUUGCUGAUAAGAUAGUAGAACAACAACGAUCCAGCGGAGAAAACUUCCCAGAGGAUAUGAUCCCACUCCCACUGGAAAUUGAUAUUGAUAGACAAAAGCUUGAAAAUCAACAAAUUGAAAGAUAUCUUUCUGCAGCCAGUACCUUUAUUAACCGAGCCUUUGAAUAUGCACAGCCUGAAGAGGAAACCGUUCUUCUUGAAGAAUUGGUGAUUACUGAUAAUAAGAUUUCUCAUAAUGCAGCACUUAACCCCAAUGCACCUGUGUUUGUUAACCUUCCUACCUUUAGAAUGGUUGUUUUGGCCGAUGAAACGUAUGAACUACUUUUCAGUAAGACUCUUCGUGAAUCCAUACAUGUGGACAAACCAUUGGACGAGAAAUUCAACACUGUUAGAAAUCUCAGAGACAUGUUUGAUGGAUUACUUGCCGAUGGAAGGAAGGUUGCCACGAAGGUCAGACGUAGAAUGGAUUCAGCUGCGUCUAAUGCCUUACACACCAACAACAGUGAUAACACUUCGAUGAAACUGAGCAAGUCUGAAAAGAGAGAUGAAGAAGAAGAUAGAGAUGAUGACUUUGGAGUCAUUGCCAUUGAUGAUACCGAUAAGGAUCUCCUUCUUUCUGCAGAAGCCCAGGUUUUGGUCGAUCCAAUCAAGACUCUGGGAGCUGGAGCUGGUAAAGAAGAAUUAAGUCGAUUCCAUAAGGCCGAAGAGGAGGCUACGAAAAAGAAUGAAAAACACGAGCACGAUCAUGAAGAGAACCUCAUUGAAUUUGAGCAUGAUUGA